AUGGUAAAUUUAUCUUUGUUCACGGUUAAGGCUGUAAUAAUUUUAGAUGGAGAAGGGAAAAGAUUAUACUCUAAGUAUUUCCAUGCACCACAUGAACCUACAUCACCUGACUCUCUUGCAGGAAGUUCGAAGAAGCAAAAGGAGUUUGAAUCAAAUCUAUUCAACAAGACGCACGGUCAAAACGCAGAUAUAAUGGUAUUAAACGACCAUUUGGUUCUAUACAGGGAAUAUGUUGACGUGUCUUUGUACUUGAUUGGUGGAAUUGAUGAAAACGAACUUGUUUUGCAAGAGGCCUUCAAUGGGUUGAAGGACGCUUUGGAAUUGAUCUUAGACACAGGGAUCGACAAAAGAAAUAUCCAAGAACAUUAUGAUAUGGUUGUUCUAGCUGUUGAUGAAUUCAUCGAUGACGGAAUCAUCCUAGAGACAGAUCCAGCCACUAUUGCUUCCAGAGUAACGAAACCUCCUUCCAAGGAUAUUCCUCUAAACAUAGAGCUCAGCGAAAAGGGGUUGUUGAGUGCAUGGGGAUUCGCUAAGAGCAAAUUGGCUGAAAGAUUACAGCAGGGCUUGUAG